AUGAAGUUCUCAAUUUUCGCUUUGAGUUUGCUCGCAACCGUUACCAAGGUUUUAUGUGAUGGAGCUGAUGAAGACACACUAGGCCAACAGAAAGCCGCUUACUUUGGAAGUGCUAAGCCUGACAAUGAACUAGCCAAUUUUGAAGUGGACUAUUUGAUUUUAGAGUAUCCUGAUGCCGACAAGAAUGAGGUCAUCCAGAUGUGGCAAGGAGAACAAAUCAACGUUCGGCAUACUAUUACUAACCAGGAGGAUACCGAUAUUACAGUUGUGGGUCUUGGAGGAUCCUUUCGUGACCCAAUAACCGGCGAAUUCAAGGUGAACUUGACUGCCAAUUCUGUUGGUCCAGUUGUUAUUGAACCUGGUAAGAGUGUAAACGUCGGUCAGAUGAUCACGUUGGACUUCGUCCCAGGAAAUUACUUUUUGGCCCCACAAGUUUACGUGACCUUUAAAGACGAAUUGAAGGCCAUUCAGGCCAGGGCACAAUUGGCUGUUGUUAAGGAAGUUCCAAUUUCCUUCUUUAAUCCGCAAUUGUUGUUCUUAGAGUUGAUCUUCGUGGUUUUGGCUGGUGCAAUCGGAUAUAUCUUCUUCCCUGCCUUCUUUCAAACAUACCUCAAGGGAACUGCUCCAAUCACCAAAGCUUCGACAACUAAGUCCGCCACCACCUCUGGUUUUGAUCCAGCAUGGGUGCCUUCUCAUCACCAAGUCACUCAAAAGAGAACAAAGACUAGAAAAGCCUACUAG